UGCUCAGCACUAAUUGCAACACGUGCUGUGUGUGUUUUUCAUAAGCAAUACUUUAAAACUACGUUUUUGUUAGCAAACAUGGGCAAGCCCAAGAAGUCCAAUGUGGCCAACAACAAAAAUGAUAAUUUGGAAAAACAAAUCACAGGAGCAGGCAAAGUUGCCAAGCAUAAGAAUAAAGAUAAAUUCAAGCUGCGCGCUGAAGAAUCACCGAAUAUAGAUGCGAAGAGCAGUCAAAAGAUCCUGGCAGCAGCCAGGCAGCAACAGCUGGAAAUGGAUGAGGAGAAUUUUCCCAGCUUGGCUCCUCGCAGGAAUCUAAGAUUUAAUUUGAAGGAUGGAUUGGAUAACGAAGAAGAGCAGGAGGAUGUGAGUGAGCAUGAAUUUAUGGCUGAGCUGGGCAUGGAUGAUGACGAUGUGGCCGCCUUUGAGCGCUUCCAGCAGCCGCCAAGCAAAGAAGGCAAACGCACAUUGCAUUUGUCUGAAAUUAUAAUGCAAAAAAUACAAGAAAAGGGAGCAGAUAUACACACCAAAAUCUCUGAUGAAGGCUCACUUAAGAUCGAAGAUCUAGAUCCUAAGGUUAAGGAGAUGUAUGAAGGAGUUCGUGACGUGCUCAAACGCUAUCGCAGCGGUAAAAUACCCAAGGCUUUUAAAAUAAUACCCAAGCUUCGCAACUGGGAGCAGGUGUUAUUUAUAACAGAGCCGCACAACUGGAGCGCUGCCGCCAUGUUCCAAGGCACGAGAAUCUUUUGCUCCGUGUUAUCACAGGCCAUGGCACAACGUUUCUAUAAUCUGGUGCUUAUGCCACGCAUUCGCGAUGAUCUUUGUGAAUAUAAGAAACUUAAUAUGCAUUUGUACAAUGCCUUGAAGCGUGCUCUCUUUAAGCCUGCUGCGUUCAUGAAAGGAAUUAUAUUGCCGCUGCUGGAAUCGGGCGAUUGUUCCUUGCGUGAGGCCAUUAUCUUUGGCAGCGUUGUGGCACGUAGCUCGAUACCAGUGCUCCACUCAUCCGCUUGUCUGUUAAAGAUCUGUGAAAUGCCAUACUCGGGGGCCAAUUCCAUAUUCAUCAGAUAUUUUCUGGAUAAACGUUAUGCUUUGCCCUAUCGUGUAAUAGACGCAGCCGUCUUCCACUUCUUAAGAUUUGAGAACGAAAAACGCGACUUACCUGUGCUAUGGCAUCAAAGUCUCUUGACGUUUGCUCAACGCUACAAAAACGAUAUAUCCUCUGAACAAAAGGAAGCGCUGCUGCAGCUCUUAAAGAAGAAAUCUCAUUUUAAGAUUACACCCGACGUGAGACGUGAACUUCAAGCUGCCAGCUGUCGCGAUGAGGAAAUGAUGGAGACCACCAAUGAGCUAAGCCAUCAGCCUAUGCGAAUGUAUACCGACGAGGAUGUGGGUUAUGUGGCCUAAAUUAUGCACAGCUAGUUGAUAGUUUUUAGUUUAAAAACAAUUUUUUAAUAAUUUAAUAUUUCAUCAAUU